CGCGCGCGCGCCCCCGCCCGCCGACGGCACUCGAGCGGUGUGUAGUGCGGUGUGAGGUGCUAGUGUUGUUGGGCCAGCGCCGUCGUCUCCUUCCUCUCCUCCCUCAACAUGACGGUCGCCGACGACCUGGGCAUCGGGAUGCGGUGCAUCAAGUACCUGCUCGUGGCCUUCAACUUCCUCUUCGCGCUGAGCGGCCUGCUGCUGGUGCUCACGGCCAUCAUGGUGGCCGGGCCCCUAUCCGAGCUGACGCCCCUCCUGGAGCGCCAAUUCAUGUCCCCGGGCGUCCUGCUGGGCAUCGCCGGCGGCGCCGUGAUCGUCGUGUCCUGCUUCGGCAUCUGGGGGGCGAUGCGCCAGAGCACCGCUCUCGUCACGCUGUUCUCGUUCCUGCUGUCUCUGCUGCUGCUGCUGGAGCUGGGGGCCGCCAUCUCCGCCUUCCUCAUGCAGAAGGACUUGCGCCACAUCCUCACGAGGAACAUCUUCCACGCUAUGGAGCUCUACGACAGCGACCCAGCCACCAAGCACGCGAUCGACCGCAUGCAAAACGGGCUUCGCUGCUGCGGCUACGACUCCCCGGAGAACUGGAAGGAUAUCAGCGGCCACGAGACCAACAUCCCCAUGUCGUGCUGCUUUGACUUCCCCGAACUGAACAGCGGCAACCACACCCAGGAGUGCACCUUAAACCUCGUCCAGUCUGUCCCCAUGGAGGGCUGUGUCAACCAGUUGGGCCUUUUGCUUCUGCGGGGCUCGGCGUUCAUUGCGUCCACCGCCGUGGUCACCGCCUUCACCCAGUUCCUUGGUGUCCUCUUUGCCUGCACUCUCGGACGUUCUAUCCGCCAACAAAAGACCCUGAGGGAGAUGAGGCGUACUCAGCUGCGAAACAACCUUAUUAACUCAUACUCUCCACUUGAAACUAAGCCCAUGCCUCCGAUUACGAUUACUUAUUAAAUAGUGCUUGUAAUACAAAAGUAGGCUAAUUUAUAUUAAGUUCUUCCUUGAACAAUUCUUUUAUGUCUGAUUACAGUAAAAUAAAAUAUGAAAAACUUUA